AUGUUGCAAAGAGCAGUCUUAAUAUUAUGUCCACUCUGUGAAUUAGAAUUUGAACCAAAAUUAACUAAAACAAAUAUUUGUCCUAAUUGUUUAAUUGCGUAAAUGAAUAUUACUAAAGGUACUUUUACAUUUUAGCUAGAUAUCGAUAAUGAUAAAGAAAUCUUAUUUUGCCGAUAUUGCAGAAGAUAUUAAAGACCUCCUUGGGUUCUUUGUGAAAGAGAUUCAAAAGAGUUAUUAGCUAUCUGCUUAAAAAAAGUAAUUGGGUAAAAUUUUUUUAAUUUAAUUACUAGAUUAUCUGAAAAGACAAUAAUUGAUACAAAGUUUAUUUUUACAGAGCCAAGCACCAAACAAAUAAAAUUAUAGAUUACUGUAUAAUAAGAGGCUAUGAAUGGUACUUAUAUUUAGGAUUCAAAAAUAUUAAAUUUUGAAGAAGUUUAUUAUUAGUGUGAAGAUUGCAAGCGAGAAUUUACUCCUCAUAUUUGGGGAGCUUGUAUUUAAUUAAGACAAAGAGUUAAUCAUAAAAAAUCAUUUUUUUAUUUAGAAUAAUUAAUUUUGUAACAUCGCAUGAAUUAGUAAAUGCUAAAAGUAGAAUCAGCAGAUGAUGGAAUGAAUUUUUAUUUUAAAUAAAAAAAUCAAGCUCUUCAUAUGUUAGAAUUUAUUCGAUCAUAUCUUCCUAUAUAAGUGAAAGAAUCAAAAGAAGUCUACUCAUUUAUUAAAUACACAUUUGUUGUUGAUGUUCCAAGAAUAUGCAAAGAUGAUUUAGUGAUUUUACCACAUAAACUUUGUCAUCAAUUAGGAGGAAUAAAUAGAGUUUAGAUAUGCUAUAGAGUAGCAAGUUCAAUUUAAUUAANAUUUACCAUAAAAUUCACAGAUUAUAUUAAUUAUCUCUGA